AUGUCUGAUAAAUUAGCAUUUCAAUUUAAAAUGCAAACAAAAAUGCUUGAGAGACAAUCACUAUCACAUGACAAACAAGAAAAAAUCGAACGUGAUAAAGUCAAAAAAGCAUUAAUGAAAGGCAAUAUGGAAGCAGCUAAAAUUCAUGCUGAAAACGCUAUUCGACAUCAUAGUGAAUCUUUAAAUUGUAAACGAAUGGCCGCUCGUGUCGAUGGUGUACAAGCACGUGUAGCUAAUUCUGCUGCUCAACGACAAAUGGCAGCGAGUCUUAAACAAACUGUUUCGUUAAUGUCGAAAGUUACAGCUAAUAUGCCAUUAACUGAAACAUCGAAAUUAAUGGAUAGUUUAGAGAAAAAUUUCGAAGAUUUAGAAGUUAAAACAAAAGUUAUGGACGAUGCCAUGCAAAAUGCGACAUCAGUUCAACAACCGGUUGAUCAAGUUGCUAUGCUUAUGAAAGAAAUGGCCGAUGAAGCAGGCAUUGAAUUCAAUCUUAAUAUUCCAAAUGCACAUGCUACAACAACAUCCGUUCAUCAAACGGAACAAGAUGAACUUUCAAAACGCUUAGCGAAAUUGCGUGAAUCAUAA